CAAUAAUUGUCGGCAGGGUGAGCUCGGCUCGUUCAAAUGAUGACCCAGCAUACAAACAAGAAGAAACAACUGGUGAUGGAAUGAACAGUUCUCUGUGAGUGGAGUGAUGUGAGAGAGACCCUACAAAUCACAGAAAAAGCUAGACAAAUCUACAGCUGGGUGCUGCUGUUGCUGUCUAUUUGCUUACUCAAUUCACGCUAUCCGACACCACGGUGUCCACGAUUUGAAUCGAUUAGUAUUUGAUUUGGAUUUUUGUACUUUGUCACCAAAUUUCAAUUGGAAUUGAGAGAUUGAUGAUGAUGGUGAUGGUGGUGAAUUGGCAGAGGAAAGGGUAGUAGUAAUAGUAGUAGUGUGGUUGGGGAUGGGAAGGGGCUCGGGGUCGGAAUCAAACUCAGACGGGUGGGGCAGAGCUCGGGGAUUGGUGUUGAAGACGCUGGUGCUGAUCGGAGGCGCAAUCUUGCUCAGGCGUCUCACCAAGUCCACCACCGGUUGGGACCAUACUCGUAUCGUCGCUCGCUCCCUCACCGGCGACAAGUACUCCAGAGAGCAAGCAUCUAGAGACCCUGAUAAUUACUUCAAUUUGAGAUGGCUUUCAUGCCCGGCUGCAGAGAUGGUGGAUGGUUCAAAGGUUUUAUAUUAUGAACAAGCCUUUUGGAGGACGCCUCAUAAGCCCUUUCGUCAGAGAUUUUUCAUGGUGAAGCCUUGUCCAAAGGAGAUGAAAUGUGAUGUUGAGCUUAGUACAUAUGCCAUCAGAGAUGCAGAGGAGUACAAGAACUAUUGUGAUCGCCCAAAGGACCAGCGACCACAGCCCGAAGAAGUUAUUGGGGAUAUUGCAGAACAUUUGACAACAAUAUAUCUCAAACGCUGUGAACGUGGCAAGCGCUGCUUAUAUGAAGGUUCAACUCCACCAGAUGGAUUUCCUAAUUCUUGGAAUGGUGCAGCAUACUGUACCUCAGAACUUUCAGUCUUGAAGAAUAAUGAGAUACAUACCUGGGAUAGGGGCUAUGAUGAUGAUGGAAACCAAGUUUGGGGAGUUAGAGGAGGUCCUUACGAAUUCAAGCCUGCACCCGCUUCGAGUUUUGUUGAUAUGUUUCCUCUAAAUUUUCCUCCUCAAUCCAUGGAUAAAAGGAUAGAGGGUUCGUUUGUACUCCAAGAAUGAUCACCUCUCACUUACAGUCAUGAAUAUGUAAAUCCAACUUUAUUUUAAAUCUCAUCUUUAAUCAACGUUGCACACAGAUAGUGUUCAGAUGUCAGAGUAUACUGGGGAAUGAAUGGGUUUCUUAGGCAUGUGUACAUAUUUGGUCUAUUUUGCAGUCUUCGUAGGCUGAUACACCUCAAAUUGGAAUACAUGAAUAAAGAUUAUGGAUUAACUUAA